CUCCCUGAUAUCAUAUGAUUCAGAUCUAAAUCUGCAAUCUUAGUGAGGUUUCUCUCACUUUACCUAGAAAUUAUGUAUUGGGUUUUUCUUGAAAUCAAAGAAAAAAGCUUUCUCUCUCCAUCACAGCAACCUUAUUUGCUUUAUCAUCCACCCCCCCCCCUGUUCACUCCAAUGGUUUCAGUUUGAACAGCAAGGUAAGCCCUAGUGUUCUGCUCAUCAUUAUAAUACUCUCUAUUAUCUUCUUUCUAUCUGGUUUGCUUCAUCUUCUUGUUAGAUUCAUCCUGAGACCCCCAAAUAGAGACCCAGAUGAGUUUGACAAUGUGACUGCUCUUCAAGGUCAGUUACAACAGCUGUUUCAGCUCCAUGAUGCUGGUGUAGAUCAGUCCUUCAUAGACACACUUCCUGUUUUCAAUUAUAAAGCAAUUAUUGGUGUAAAAAACCCUUUUGAUUGUGCUGUUUGUUUAUGUGAGUUUGAAUCUGAAGAUAAGCUUAGAUUAUUGCCCAAAUGUAGCCAUGCCUUUCACAUGGAGUGUAUAGAUACUUGGCUCUUGUCUCACUCCACUUGCCCCCUUUGUAGAGCUAGCUUGCUUUCUGACUUCUCCCCCAACAAUUGUUGUUCACCAAUAGUCCUUGUUCUUGAAUCUGGUAGUGAGAGUUCUAGAGAGAUUAUCUCAGACAGAGAGGGUGUUUUGGGUGCCACCAAUUCAGUUGCAAUAGCAAAUUCCCAUCUGGGUGCUCACAGCAACGAUGAAUUCGGGUCUGCUAGAACAGAUAUUUUGCAUAAAUCUUGCGAAAUUCGGGCCAAAGACGAUGAAAAUCAACAAAAAAAUGUGGGUUCAGAUGAAAAGGUUAUGCCUGUUAAGCUUGGGAAGUUUAGGAAUGUUGAUGGUGGAGGUGAAGGUAGUAGUGACAACAAUGUUGAUACAAGGAGGUGCUUUUCUAUGGGGUCUUUUGCUUAUGUAAUGGAUGAGAAUUCAACAUUACAAGUACCUGUUAGAACUCCAAUGAAGAAACAAUCAAGUAAGAAGGCUUCUUUGCCAUUGACACCCGGACAUAAGCUGGCAAUGUCCGAAUGUGAUUGUGAUUCAAGAAGAGAAUUCAAUGGUUUUGAAGCAUUUAGAAGUAUAGACAUUCAAGGUUGUGGUGGUAGUGGUAGUUUUAUUAGUCAUGGCAAUGGUGCUAAUGCUAUUGGGAGGAGCAAGAGAGAGAGCUUUUCAGUGUCAAAGAUUUGGCUCCGGGGGAAGAAAGAUAGGGCUAAUUCAACCAUGGUGGAGUCGUCGAGACGGGCGUUUUCGUUUAGGUUUCCGAUGCACCGGAGUUUUAGGGCUGCUGAUGAUUUGAAGCCCAAAAAUGGUGGGAAUGGGACUAGGAGGACAAUCUCUGAGAUUGACAUUGGGAGGUGGGAAAAUGGGGGGAGUGAAUUGGGCUGUGAUGAGGAAAUGCAAAGCUCCGGCAGUUUGGAUUCUCAAGAAAAUCCACCAUCUUUUGCAAGGAGGACUCUGCUCUGGAUAAUGGGAAGACAAAAUAAGGUUGUUCACUCGUCUUUUUCACCAAAUGUCUAAUUUCUUUUUCUUUUUCAUCUUUUAUUGUAGUUUUUUAAGAUACUUUUACUCAUUGAAUUCUAUAUUCUGGGAUGCGAAAAAGAUUGAAUAAACAAAAGGAAUCGAAAUUCGGAAGAUAUCUCAAUACAAAGUGUAAGCAUUUCACUGCGAAAUUGCUUGUUUGCCAAAGCCAAUUAGGAAUGGAAGAUUGUUUAUUUCUUUCUUUUCAUGAAAAACUUCCACUGCUUUUUUCUUUCAUUUUUUUGAACGAUAUUAA